CUUUCAUCAUCUCUCAUAGUAAUAAUGGGCGUGAUUACACACCCCUGAGAGAUAAAUGUUGCUCCGAUCCAGAGGAGUUCAUAGCGAAUAACGAUGACAGCACACAGGUGACAAACGCAUUUCACCCUCCUUUUACUGCUCGCUACGUAAGGAUCUAUCCAGUCUCAUGGGUCGAGAGAAUCGCUCUGAAAUUUGAACUCCUCGGUGUGAAAAUGACAAACGGUGAAGUGAUGGCAACUCGACCACUAGGUAUGGAAGACAGAAGCAUUGCUGACUCCCAGCUCAGUGCGUCAUCAUGUUGGAAUACGAUACAGUGUGCGAGCACGGCAAGGUUAUUCAAUGAAUACCAAGCAUGGUCACCAAAGAAAAAUGAUAAGAAACCAUGGAUACAGGUUGACUUACGCCAGUCGUUUCGUCUAGAAGCCGUUCUGACUCAAGGUCGAGAUAAUGCCGAAAAUUGGGUGAAGUCAUUCUUGGUGCCAUACAGUUUAGAUGGAUACUCCUGGACGUAUAGUCUAGGAAACGAUGGUCAACCUCAGGUUUUUCACAGCAAUCAAGAUCGAAACAGUUUGGUGGUGAACCCCUUCAGACCGGCGUUCGUCGCCCGAUUCGUCCGUAUCGAGCCUCUAUCAUGGCACCAUCACGUCUCAUUGAGGUUUGAGCUGUUUGGUGCAGGUCCUAUUCCAGUUGUACCGAAUACCCUGGGCCUGGAGGAUUAUCGAAUACCGGAUUCCGAACUUUACGCAUCCAGUUGCUACCACGAUCGCAACUGCGCGAAAUACGCGCGUCUCAACUUCGCUGGCGAUGAGCGACAAGGGGAAACCUCGAGGUACACAGUGACGUCAUCGGAGAAACUCCCAGGCGCGUGGAUACCACGAUUUGACGAUCACAACCAAUGGGUAGGAGUAGAUCUGGUAGAUAAAUACCGAGUGGUUGGUGUCAUCACGCAAGGAAGGCAAGACGCGGACCAAUGGGUGACGUCAUUUGCUGUAUCGCAUAGCAUGGAUGGCAAGAUGUGGUCGUUCAUACAGGAUUGUGGUCAUGAAGAGAAGAUCUAUCAAGGGAAUCACGACCGUGCAACACCGAUCAUCAACGUCUUUGAGACUCCCUUGACGGCUCGUGCAGUCAGGGUUCAUCCAAAGAGAUGGACCAGGCAUAUUGCUCUCAGACUAGAACUCCUCGGUAAUGGACCAGUCGCAGAAGUUGGGAUUGACGAGAACAAGUUGGGCCUGGAAAGUGGUCGUAUACCCAACUCGAGUCUUGCCGCGUCCUCGUGCAUCAGCGACGACGCGUACUGUUCCGAAUCGGCGAGACUCAACCACGAGGUCGGGGGAUGGGUGCCCCGCAUCAAUGAUCUCGCUCAAUGGAUCCAGGUUGAUCUCAUGGCUGUGUAUCGUUUGACGGGAGUUAUAACUCAGGGGCGGAGUGAUGCCGCUCACUGGGUGACCCGGUAUACUGUCUGGACCAGCCAAGAGAGUAGAGGGAAUUGGAUCCCAGUGACUGAAUCGACAUGCGGAGAAGCAAAAGAGAUUAAAAUAUUCACUGGUAACUGCGACCAGUUUUCUCACUUCACCAACCGAUUCAAUCCACCCAUCCUGGCCCGUUACGUCCUGCUCGCUCCUGUAGCGUGGCAUGACCACAUUGGUCUCAGAUUCGAACUUCUCGGCGAAGGCCCGUUCAUGUUACCCGAUGUUGCUGUCCAUUGACUUACUUUACGACUGGUAUACGAACCGAGUUUGGGACAAAUCGCAUUUUGUUUAUUGUAUAAAACUGUGAAUGAAAAAUAUCUUUUUAUCAGAGGUUGCAUAUGAAUAUAACAUUUUUGGGUGAUACCAAGCUUGUAUUUUGGAAUAAAGGCUAAAUUGGUUUAAAUCGUAGCUAUAUUGUUACAAUUUACUUCGCCUUUUCUUAAGUCGUAAAGAUGAUUUCAUAGUCACAGAUUUGAAUAUAAGCAAUCGUUCAAUAAAGAUGUUUCAUGCAUCAAUAUUCGAAUUUUUUUACUAUUUUUUUUCCAAAAUCGGAUCGCACGCUAAUCAUGAGCUGUGUGCAAGAUUUAUUGAACUGGAUACUGCUUUCAAAUACAUUUUAAAGGGCAAAAUAAUAAACAUGCUUUACCUGUCGCUACAAUCUCCGUCGAAGACUUUUCCAUUUCAUUAAAUUAAGUUACUUAUGAAUGCUACUGCCCAUAUCGUGUCCCAUAUCGUGUACCCUUUUGCCAUAAAAUUCAAAUUUGAAUUGAUUUCAGGUCGUGGUUUUUAUGUGUUCUUUUGAGUGUCUGAGACGGAAAUCUCGAAAAUUGAUGAUUUUGGUUAAGAAGAAGAAGAAGAGGAGGGAGAAGAAGAAGAAUCCCUAAUCAGGUUCAAAUUCUUUGUAAUGGUAUGGGGUGAGGUAUUAUAGGCCUACUGAUUUGAUUAUAUAGCCUUUUCAUAAAAUCCUUUGCAAAGAUAUAUCUGUAUUUUGAGAAUCGCUACAUAAUUUGGUCAGUGAUUACGGAAACUGAGGUAACUAUGUUUCCAAAAGGUUUACUGAAAGUGUGUCCUCCUUUGAAAUACAGUGCGUCCCCCAAAAAAGGAAACUCGUUCUCAAUUAUAGAUUUCACAAUUAUUAAAUAUGUUUUUACUAUAAAUUUGAUACUCAUGGCAAGAGUGGAAUCUCAUCUCUCAUUUGAAACCAACAGCUUAGCAAUUCGUUCACGCAUGGCAGGUUACAAACAAUAGAUAUUGAGGUGUAUCAGAAACAAUUUGCUCAGAAACUUACGUGUGAAUCUGAUUCCACUCUCAUUUCAAGGAUAAGUGAGAGAAGCUUAACAAGGAAUACAAAAGAAAUGCUAAUGAGCCAAUCGUUGAAUAUACACGGUCGUCGUACCACGAACCAAUCUUGUCCAAUUUUUCUGCGCAACCUGGUUUUGACAUUACAGUCAGACUGCAGGUCCCAAGAAAGUGGCUUCUUUCAUCCAAGUGAUAUUCAUGACUUGAGAUGUUUUGCAUAUUUAAUGAGCUUGAUGCGGACCAAAACACCUCUUUUCAUUCGGUCAUUGCUGCUCUAAUUGUGCAUCGAAUUUCAUGAAUUUGGUACCAUUGUAAAUAAAAAGAAUAAUUCUUUCAGGUCAUGUGUUUGGAUUUAUUCAAAAAUUUUGUAAUAUAGGUUAAAAUUUUAAUCUAAAAUAUGCUACAAAAUAAAAAUUUUCACCUGACAAAAGCUGCUAUUUUCACACUUUACUUUUGUUUGAGCCCAAAUGAUUUUUAUAUCAUGAUAAAGCUGAAUAUGUAUGCUUUAAAAUGAUAUAGGUUUCAAAAUAAGAAUUGGUUUAAUCGGGUCAAGAUCACACUUUUCAUUUGCCAGGUACAUAAAGCAGCUUGAAAACAAGAAUACUGCUCUCUGAUUGGUCAAAGAGACCACACAAUGGCAAAUUCCAACGGUUCCAGUGCCUGGGUUCGUGGGAAGGUCACACUUCCCAUGUGGUAAUCUCCUCAAAUACCCCGCGCCUGUUGUUCUGUGAACCUUAUCCAGCCAAUCAGAACUCUGGAUUUCUUGCAAGUGCAAAAUUUCAGAAAUCUCGUCUUGUAUCUUGGUGGGAAAAGUGUGAUCUUGACCCGAUUAAAAGGUGCCGCAUAUCAAGAUUGGCAUUGUGAGAAAGUACAGAAGUUCAGCUUUAUGGUGAUAUAGAUAUCAUUGAGGCUCAAAAUAAAAAGUUUUGCACAAUAUGCAAAAGAAAACAGAGGAAGAAAAUUCAGUUUUAUGGCACAUUUUCAGGCCAGAAAUUUACUUAUUUAACAAAAUAUUGUAUACAACAUAAAUGACCAAUAUGAAAGAGUAACUUUUACUCUAUCCGAUGAUGUAAUAAUAUUUCAUUUAACUUGAGAUUAAAUAAGGUAAAUUCUUAGAGAAAGAAAAUCUCACGAAUCACGAGAUUUUACAAGGAGGAGGAUUCAGCCACGAGAUGAUUUGGAUGAAUCUGGCCUUUUUGCUCAUUAGCAUAGGGACCUGCGGUCUGACUGAUUAAAAUUUCGAACUCUGCUUGCUCAUUAAUGCGUGAAGUGUUUGUCUUAGAUCAGUUAUCAAAAUAAAGAGGAAUAAUUGAAUGAUAUGAUUAUCCAAAUGAAAAAUCGAAAUUUAUUUGCCUUUGAAUUAAAAAGACAUGAUAAUCCUGGUUUCCUUUUUUUCUGGGGCGCACUGUAUAUUGUACCUGCUUUUUGUCUUAUUUUCUACGCCUUAUUGCUUGUAUAAAAGUGUUGAUGAAAAUUUAAUUGUAUUUUGUACUAUACUGCUAAUGAAUCAGAUACAUGUAUGUUAAAAAAAAAAGCAUUAAGAAAUGUUUGUUUUGAACUGACUUGAACAAACAUAUUAGCUUAUAAUGGAUUCGAAAUUGUAUAUGUUUCUGCAUGCAUGAAUGAGGGUUUUGAUAUCUGGAUUGCUUUUUUUUAAUAUAUAUAUUUAUAUAUAGGUGUUUGAUGUAAUAUGUUAAACGCAUAUCAUGUGGGGGAAAAAACUGUCAUGCGUACAGUCAUGUAUAUUAUGUAUAUUAAAAGUUGUUAAGAAUGUACUGUAAGAAUCAAAAUUUAUAUUUCAUUUUGCACGG